AUGGUGCGGGGCCCGGAGUCAAUCGGGAGUCCACGUCGGACGGAGUGGGAGGAUUGCUCGCAUGAGCCAGCAGUGGAGGUGCGGGACGUGUUCAUGGCGCCGGACCCUCCGGUCAUCGGCCAUCCGUUUGAGCUGCAGCUGCCUGCAGUCGCCAGGCAGAUGAUAUCAGGGGGGGAGGUGGCAGUGACAAUAAAGUUUCAUGGGCUGCCCGUACAUGUUGAGUACACGGACAUUUGCCAGCAGACAGCGUGUCCAGUGCUCCCUGGGAGCUUCACCUUCCAAUACUGGCGGAACGUCCCCAUCCUUGCAUUCCCUGGGCCUUACUAUGCGCGCCUCAUGGCUACUGAUCAGCCCACAAAACAGCAGCAGCAGCAGCAGCCUCGUCUCCUCCCGCCAUGCCUUCACGAGGAGGUGGCGGAGAGCGACGAUCCCUGUGAUUCGAUUGUACCUGCGCACGUCACUUGUGCCACAGUUGCCAAUGCUGUCAACGCUGGCACUGCACCUUCUGCGGCCAACGCUGCCAGCGUGGACUACAGUCAGCAGUCCGUCCUUGACUACAGUCAGCACGCCACAUUCUUCGCACAAGAGAGGAGGGAGAACCCUGAAUCACGAGUCGAGUCGUGGUCGCAACCGCUAGAGUCGUUUUGUUUCCGCGGCGACGGCGGCGGCUGCGGCGGCAGCGUCCUCUACGGCGUGGACUGCGGCCCGGUGGAUCACCUCUUCCCCGCUCAUGUCUCCGCGGCUGCGGAGGGGCCUUUUCGCGGAUUCAGCGGCGCCGCCGGCGGAGAUCUUGGUCUCUGCGCGCUUCCGCCUGCAGUGAGCUGCGGCAUUGGCGCGGAGCACGUGCAGGAGGUAACCCCGCUGGCCGUUCUCGAGACGAUCCGCGCGCUUCCGGGGCUAGCGGGAGGCCCUUCCGUGCCGCACCGACCCAUGUCUCGCGGCGCAAAGGCGGCCGUGGCGCGGGUGAUGAUGCGGCGGCGGGCUGCGGAGCAGCAGCAGCAGAAGCGCUUGCAGCAGGAGGAGGAGCAUCAGGGUAGCGCGAGACCUGCAGGAAGCGACGGAGAAGUGGCGCUUAAGGCGGGCGAGAUGGUCUGCCCGCGUGGACCCUUCGCAGUGUUUAAGCAUUCCCUGGAAACACCUCUAAUAGGUGGCUGGGAGGAAGCGAGAGGCGUUGCGGAGGACGCGGGGAAAAUCGAAGUGGAAGUGGUUGAGGAGGGACGACAAGGCCCAGAUGCGGGGAUUUUUGAAGGCGGCGCCGCCGUUGGGCGCGAACUCGCGGCAAUGUCGGCAAUGGUGGCAGUGGCGGUCGCGAAGUCCGCGGGCGAGUCGCCGCAGAGCGCGGGGACAAAGCGCGCGCGCGAGCUGGGAAUAGCGGAGGCGGUUCCGCCGGUGUCCAAGGCGGCGAGGGGCCUGUGGGAGGUGGUAGCGUGCAGAGAGCGCGCUCUGGCUGACGCCGCAGACGCAAUCGACCCUGCAGACGUUGUGAACAACGUUAUUGAUCCCAUUGACGCGAUUGGGUCGAUUGGCGUGAUUGGCUCAAUGGACCUGGUGCAGGUAGCAGUGGGGGCAGGGGCGGUGGAGGCACAAGCAGAGGCGGCAGCUAGUGGUGUGCUUGGAGCAGGGGGUAUGGAAGAAGAAUUGAGGGGAGAGUUGGAGUGGUUUGCGGGGGCGGAGAUUGGCGAAUGCAUGGGGAGCCUGUUUGGAGGGAAGGCUGAUGGAUUGGCGGGAAUGUGCGCAGGGCAGUGUCUGUGCGGCGGCGGCGUGAAGACCACGACCACUUGGACCGGAUGCCAUGCUUUCACCAUGGCUGGUGUUGCAGGGCUGUCAGAUGAUGUGACCAGCCAAGCCUGA